AGAAGAGUCUAUCUACCUGUUAUAUUCUUCAAGACUGAAUUUGCAGAGCAGAAAUAUAUCAUCAAUUACCGACCCCAUAGAGAAUGAAGUACGGCGUUAUGUGCUUCCGUUUAGAGUGAAGCUAUUGUUCUACUGGCCGCUUAAUUUGCCUAUAUUGCCACGGAUCUGUAAGCGCCGCCCUCCCUUAUUGGUGUUGUAGCGUUGCGCCUAUAAGUGAGUGGAAGACUCCCAGAUCACAUACGAGAACUAUUGCCUCGAUGAUUUCGUCUUAGUUGCUUCAAACGUGAACCAGCGCAACUAUGAAGGUGCAAUCGAUUAUUCUCGGUCUUACAGCUCUGGCCUCUGGCCAUACCAUCUUUCAGAAGGUGUCUGUCAAUGGAGCUGAUCAGGGUCAGCUAAAGGGUGUUCGCGCACCAGAUAGUGACUAUCCUAUCCAAAAUGUCAACGAUGGCUCAUUUGCUUGCAACAAGGACCUUAAACAUCUCGACAGCACCGUCAUCACCGUUCCGAGUGGAGCAAAAGUCGGAGCUUGGUGGGGUCAUGUCAUCGGAGGAGCACAAUCAGCCAACGACGCCGAUAACCCCAUCGCGAAGAGUCACAAAGGACCAAUCAUUGUCUACCUCGCUAAGGUAGACAACGCUGCUACUGCACAACCGACCGGUCUUAAGUGGUUUAAGGUUGCUGAAGAUGGUUUGAGCAACGGACAGUGGGCAGUCGACAAGAUGAUCGCUAAUAACGGAUGGCACUACUUCACGUUGCCUACAUGUGUUGCGCCGGGUGACUACCUUAUGCGAGUCGAGUUGAUCGCACUCCACGGUGCGCAGUUGUCAGGACAAGCUCAGUUUUAUAUGGAAUGCGCUCAGAUCCGUGUUACUGGCUCUGGAACCAAUGCCGGUUCGAACUUUGUGAGCUUCCCUGGAGCAUACAAAUCGACCGACCCCGGUAUUCAGGUAAACAUCUACGAUAAUAAUGGAAACCCAUACAUGGGCGGUCAACAGUACAAGAUUCCCGGCCCGCCGGUUCUCACUUGCUAGUGAUGAGACUAUAUUUAUGGUAUUCGAGGACCCAAUCUAGGGACAUGCGAUCAUUAAUGCCCUGGUACAAUAUAUAGCUGCGGUUAUAGCUAUCCAUAGAUAGGAUACCAAAUAUACGAGCCAAUCUUGACUAUACCAGUAGCUAUCUAUUCCGUUUAUGACUAGUAUAUACUAUACUAUCACAUAUAUAUAUUACGGUUCAAAUACUAA